GGAAUUCAGGAAAGUACGACGGCUGGUGGCGGAAAUACGAGCAUGGAUACAUCCUCCGAUGAUGAGUCCACUUAUAUUCUUCCUGAAUUGGUCACCUAUUCACGUUUCGAAAAAAGAUUGGGUGCGAGUAACAGGAUUCCGUUACUUACAACGCCUUCAGUACCAGCAUCUGUUGUGCUUCCAAAUGGUGACACUGAUCUUCGUCGCAUGAACAUGGCUCCAUCUCCUGCGUUCACCAGUCCGGCCAGUUCGGCAAGCCAACAGCCCCAAACUUUUCGCGGUUCUUUGCUGCCCAAAUCUGAACCUCAGUAA